AUGGACCUGGUGGAGCCAAUCCUGGCUGUUGCAGAGAAGCUGUACGCCCUCUGCGGGGAGGUGAAGGCCAACAAACAGCGUUGCAGGCGGCUGGCGCACCGCGUCUCCGCGCUCACGGAGAUGUUGAAGGCGGUGAAGACGCGUGGUCUGGGUGGACAACCCCAACUUGUAGAACGAGGUCUUCUCGAGCUCAAACUCACGCUGGAGUCGGCACAAGAAGUAGUGGAAAAGUACGCGUCCAUCAGUUAUCUGAAACGCAUCGUCCGCGCGUACGACUUGGGCGACGAGUUUGCCAGUCUGAACGAGCGAUUGAACGAUGCGGCGCAGCUUCUGUCGUUAGCUUUGGCCGCGGACCAGAGGGAGAAGUUGGAUGAGGUGUUUCUGGAGACCCGGCGGAUGACAGAAGAUGAGGAGGACAGGGAAACUGACCGACAGGACCUGCAGAAAUUGUUAGAGGUGGCAGAGGCCAUGAAAGAAGGUGUGGAUGCGGUGCAUGAAGUGGUGGAUGAGACCAGUAGAGAUGUGAAGAACAUCAAAACCAUGCUGGAAUCCUUAAAGACUAGCUGCAGCCCUCUGCCGGACAUCCGAGAGAUUCGCAUGGAUGAGUUGACCUUUGACCUCCCCAAACGGCCCUUCAUGACCACGCCCACGUCCGAGGUCUACAAAGGGGAGUUCAACAAGUUCACUGUGGCCAUCAAGAGAUACACCUACCCCAUUAGCACUAACGCCAGCCAGGUGAGGAGCAUCUUUAAUAAGGAGGUGGAGACCAUGAGGCGCUUCGAGUCGCCAAACAUCCUCAGAAUGUUUGGAAUUUGUGUCCAGGAUGAAAAAGGCCCGGACCCCAACUUCCUGAUCGUCAUGGAGUACUGUGAGAAGGGCUCGCUGAAACAGGUGCUGGAUGAUGGGAAGUACAAACUGCCCUGGGACAGGAAAGCCAGAAUGUGUCUCGAUGCAGCACAAGGCCUGUACAGGCUGCACCAGUCAGAGGAGAAGUUCAAGGUCCAUGGAUGUAUCAACAGCAGUAAGUUUCUUGUUGGAGUGGGAUACAGAGUCAAGCUUGGAGGCUUUGAGCUGGCGAAGACGGAGACGUCCCUGAGGAAAAGCAGGAGUACGCGUAACAGCCAACUGUGCUACAGCUCUCCACAGCAGCUCAAUAGUGUCAAUCACGCCUACGACAGAGCCUGUGAAAUGUACAGUUUUGGAAUUGUUUUAUGGGAAAUUGCAACGCGACUUACUCCUUUUAAAGGCUGGUCUCGUGAGGAUGUGCAUAAGAAGGUGUAUGUGGAGCGCUCCAUGGAGCCGGUAGCGGGGGACUGCCCUAGCCAGCUAGCAGACCUCAUCAUCGCCUGCCGCUCAUACGACCCCUUCCAGAGACCAACCGCCGGAGUUCUUGUGGAUAAACUACGUAAAGUUGUGGCGCAGUUCGAUGACGACUGACCUUGAAGGACUUCACUUCAGUCACAGCAGAUGUUUUUGUUUUUGUCUGUUUGUGUUUUUUGUUUGUAUUUGUAUUUGUUUUUAAUAAUGUGAAUCUAUGUUUGAGGAGGGCAACUGUUCAGCUGGUAAUGCAAUGCCAAUAAAAGUGUCAUCUUCCUUGGUGGAAAUACGGUGGCAGACU